AUGACAAUUGAUGUGCAAACUGAACGGCAACAUAGCAAAUCAGAAUACCGGAGUAAUAGAUUUCAGCCGGAGGAUAUUCUUCACAUGAAUAGACAUCGAAUUGAUGAUGAUGAUGACGAACUGAUUUCUGCUUUGGAUACCGUGGUGUGGCGUAUCCCAGGCUCAUCUUGGUGGCGUGAUUGUUUGCCGGAAUGUGGUGAGUCUACGGGUCUCCGCUACUGGUUACGUAUCCCUCAUAUUGAGAAUAACAGUGAUGGAUUGCACUUAUCUGACUCCAAUUCUACGGAUCAAGGUCGUUAUUGUUUGGCCAAACUAACUGUAGUACGCAAGUCGGAAAUUGUCACCCUAGGUGGUGUUCGCCUCUCCCCGACACAUCACACCCUGUGCAUUGAGACAGUCAGUGUAAUUGCAGGUACACAUUGGAAAGUCUACUGGACCGAUUGUAAACGCCCAGUCCAAUUAAUCCCACCUGGACGAGUGGGCACCUGUGCGUUACGUCCCGUCAAACAAGAUCCGCUUCAAUUGGGUCCGGGUGUGCGGUUUUCUGGCUGGGUCUCCGGACAUUGGUAUGGCACUCUGAGAUCGGAACUGGAAACACAAAAGGACCAUGUAUAUAUUUCUAGUCCACCAGUUCCCGGAUCGGUCACCUAUAAUUGGUGCUUUCUUGUACCUGUGUGUAUGGACCGUUUAACUCAGGUAACUGUACAUCUGUUGCCACCGGAGAACAUGAAUGAGCUAAGGGUCCCGCCUACGCGUGCUGACACGAAAUUUGUUCACACACAAACACGACGGCAUGACAGACACGACAGACAAAUCAACGGUGUAACUACCAAUAAGAUGCCAAGCACAGAUCGAUCAUCGUUAAGAGCACAACAUACAUCGGUUACAGGAUACACAUUUAUAGAGAACAACCCGAAAUUCACAGAGCACUCUGCCGACAGUGACGGGGAUAGUUUUGAACGGCACGGUCGAUUUGUACCCACGUCCGUUCGAACUAAUACCGGCGAACAAUCCCAAAUCGGACCCAUUCCGCCCAGCAAAGGGUCCAAAUUGGCUUUAUUGCCACUGGUACCACUACUGGAACCGGAUAGUCGUUUGGUUAUGCUUGUCGAGGAGAACUGUGCUAAUUCAGGUUCCAGUCGUGUACCGCCUAGUCGACUGGACUCGGGUUACGCCGAACCCAGUGGUUCAACUAGCCCAGAACGGCAUUCAACUAAAAGACAGUCGACAUGGCAACGAAAUGAUUCAUUCAAGGAACAGCCUUAUGAUCAACCCCGCCAUGCCGAUUUGGAUAGUUCAUCCAAACGGUAUGGCCGUGUUCGCCCAACUGAAGGCAGUAGGGCUUGUGCAAAUGGUACCAACCAACCUUCCGGAUCCGCGCCUCAGUACAAUAAUCGCGGACAUACGGCAACAAUCAGAGCAUCGGAUGUCGUGAGCACGUCAGUGUCACAUUCGUAUAUGGAAUACAUGCAGAAUGAAACUGUGGUGCGAAACGGGACCAGACACGUCGAUUCAGUGGAAGUACAAAGCAAAUCAGUGAAUGGAACAUAUUGCCAUCAGGAAACAUUCUCACCUCUGAAUGAAUCCGGUGACAAGGAUCAAACAAUCAAUUCAAAGACAUAUCUUCUUAAACAACUAGAUAUUAUCAGUGAUGGUGACGAGAAUAACAGUGCUCCGCCUCCGUGGAUACUCAAAGUAAACGGUGCAACAAAUAAGUGUACCAGUGAAUAUACACCUCGUUGUUACUCCUCAGAACGUUCGUGGAAUACUGUAGGCACAAUGGAUUCCGUUGGUUCUGCCGGAUCCCUAUCACCCGAUCCGGGUGAAGGUGGAUACUUCAAACGAGCCAAUCAUGAACGGUUAGCGGAUAGCCAAUCCGGUUCCUCCCUGGUUUGUGAUGAAGAUGAAGAGGAUGAACCGUUUGGUGAUCAUCUGCAACCGAAACGUGGCGCAAUUUUGUCUGAAUUGUUGGCCGAAUUGCAUGCAUUUGCCGAAUACGUCGUCUAUCAAUCUCCGUCAAAUGCGGAUAUUGAAUCCAUUGAUUCAGGACGAACCUCAUCGCAUAGAACGUCUCGCGGUGAGGGAAGCACCGCAUCAACACCGGAAAUGCGUUUGAAAGCGGAGUACGAAACGCAAGUGAUGGAACGUCGAAAACGAAUUCUGCAUCACUUGACCGCUUUGUGUGAUGAAGAUGAAGAUGAAGAAGACGAGGAAGAUCCAGAGGAAGAUGAGCACGUGAUCGACCAAUCAACCGACAGAGCAAUGUCGGCAUCGGAAUUUUCUACGACUCAAAGUCGAACCUCUUCGGUCAGUGGCACUACGGCCAUUUGUGUUCCUCUCCCCAAAGCAUGUCGUAUAGCCUCGCCUAUGCGUUUGCUCACUUGCUACUUCCAGCUGCUUUCAGACUUGGCCGACCUGCAGACAACCGAACGUAAAAAACGCCUUCUAGACACAAAAGAACAAUCUGAUUUGAUCGAUCUAUCAGCCGCUUUUCUGCGUGUCCUGGCCACCAGUCCCCCUCCUUUGACCAGUCACGACAGCCCAUCCAGACGAGCCACGGAACGCUCCAAGUGUGUCUUUGGUCUGUAUCUGUUGCACCAGCUUGGUGUACUGCUAAAGUUUGCUCCCUGGCCCACAGAUCAAACGACGGGGUCGUACAUUACCACAGAGUUCUCAUCCGUUCGUAGUUGGUUCCCAUAUGUCAAGCAGAUAGAGCUCGCUUUGGGAGAACAUCAAGACUGGCUGGUUCGUAUAAUGAGCCGAGAAUUUGCGGACGAACGACAAAUGGCUACACAGAAGAAUGCGAUACAGCCAGUUCAAAACUGGACGGAGUACAUACAGCUGGUUGGUGAAUGCCGGCAGCGAUUGAUUCAACAAUUGUCCAAGGGAGCACAAGACAUGACAUGGUUGAACCAGUUACCGUGCACGUCCGAUGAUAUGCACAGCUCCAAAACCAAAGCGAAACAAGCCAAAUGCAAAGAUGAUACGGGCGUGUCCAGACGAGUUGAGGAUGUUGAUCACAAACGUUUAUCUCUCUCCUGGGAUUGGUUUGUCGAUUGCUGUCAACUGGAAGUACAAUGCUGGCAAAAAUACUUGGAUUUGGAAUCGUUUCCGAUCCCACCAGUGGCCUCUCUCAACAGCACUAUCUCCGAUUCAGUGGAGAACGCAACUGGCACAGAGGAGACCACUUUCCACGUCAAACAAUGGUUUACUAACGAAAUAACACAAUGGCGUCAACUAAAGGCAUUUAUCCGAGAGAACUGCAGUGAACUGCCUCUGUUAGCUACCGUGCUCGAAUGUGGUCAACCUGGGGCAACGAUUGACAGCGAUGAUACUGACAGUGUAGCACCAAAUCGAUCGAAUCUCGUUUCCAGUCUCGUUCGUGAUUUGAAACAAGUUCACAAACACGCUGUGGAACAGUUCACCCUGAUGGAAUUUUGUGAUCAGCUGGUGCACUUACCGGACGGCAUGUGCUAUCUUAUUGACUGUAUGCAAGAUUUGUCCGAUGAACUGAGUACUCUCGAGAAAGAAUCGCUGGAUCCAUCACCGUUCAUCAUUUCCCCGAACUCAACCAACGAUGCCAUUCGAGCCUUGACUGAGGCCUCAGAUCGUCUCACGCGUUGGAAACUUCAACUACGUCAAUUACAACAUCGUAUGUGUUUGGAAAUCUCGUUUCUCCGAUCGGCCCAUGUGAGACACUCAAAUUAUCCACCAGAAUGGAUGGAGAGUUGGACUCCAAAGCUUGCUAACGCCUAUCACAGUUUGGUACAGCGUGCAGCAUCUCAGCGAUCCAGAUUGCAGCAGCAUUGGCUAAAACUGGCUUUCGACCAGUGGAUCCGGUGUGCCGAGCCAUGGAUUGAUCGUAUUGGGCCAAUACUCGGAGCCAAUGAACCCUGGCAAUCAGAAGACGAAACUAUGUUUAUUUCGGCUUGGAUAUUACUAUACGACGCCGAACUACUUCAACAAACCUACUGGCGUGCAAAUCGAGAACGACUAAGCAUCAUGCAAACUGGACUGGCAGAUCCACCGGCUGAAUUCUCUACCUAUUUGGCGACAGUUCGACUCUAUGUGGACCGUGUUAUUACCGGUUGUGAACGAAACCCGGAUCAAAUUGUGUCUCUCUUGCAGAGUUUAGAACAAAGCCCCCGAGACAAAAGUUUCAUACACGUGCCAGAACUUAUUGAUCGUGUGAUGUUCGGUUACGUGGACCGCAGGGAAUGCCCGGACAAGCUGCAUGCACUCGUGCACUCAUUGCGCGGUUAUCAGCGAGUGUGGGAGAGACGGAUGCGACUCACCCAGCGUGCGAUCGAUGUGGCCGCCAAUCCAGUGUUCGCGCGUGGUCGACACGCCCGAUUUGUUCGCACCUGGAUCACAUCUGUCAGUUUGAGACGAGACUGGCAGGGUAAAAUUAUAUGCUCCCUUGAGCGAUUGGCCCGAGUUGGCGAGGUUGUCGAGGCCGAACGGUUUCCUGUGCGACCAUUGACUACAUUUGAGCCCAGAUUUAUUAGAGAUGAAUUAUUACGCCAGGAACAAACGUUUAUUGAAGCUAUUCACCACGCGCUCGAGCUGCAUCCGAUCGAGUCGGGCACAAUUCGUACCGGUCUUUCAGUUUGUGAUUCUCAAUCAACUGGCUCACCACCUGCUAGCUCCUCGUUGAAUGGCACUUUGGAAGAAUUGAAACAUUUGUACUCCCGUAUGGUUCACGAUCCCCGUUUGGGGCAAACGGCAGGCAGCAGAUCGGCUCAAGACAAGUUCACCACAUUCCUACAGACGCGUCUUCGUGAGACGGAGUCACUGUGGCGCUGUGUGAAACUGGUUGCGAACGUACAGUGGAUUGUGGGGCUGAAUGCUGAUCAGCAAGUGGACGCCGGUGCUUAUCCCGGAACAAACUUUGGUCAAUGGAUAAAGCAUAUGUCUAUGACUUUUCACGCCGAGGACAGUGUGCGAAACUGCCAAGUUCAGCGGUUACAACUCCUUGGUCGAGAGUGGGAUAUUCAUCAUGAUAAAAAUGACCGACUACGUUUUACUUUCUGUUCCACGGGAUUUUCAUGGACCAAAAUAUCGAUCGAUAUGGACUCAUUCGAUCUAUUCGGUAAAGUGCAUCCGAACAAUUCGGGCGCAAAGUCGAUCUAUAUGCCAGACGAAGAAACAGUGCGAAAACGAAUUCAGUCAAUGAUUGAAACAAUAAGGAACAAACCAGCAGAUGCAUCGAUUAGUUCCACUCGAAACGAUUAUCGUUCCUCGAUCCUUCCCGUACCUGUGUGUCCGAAACACGAAAAUCGCAAUACAACCAAAUACCAUAAUGAGUGGGACACUUUGCUGAGAACGAACGAAUCGGAAUUGAGCAAACCGAAGCAACACGCGGAUUUGAUCUAUCUGGAGAGAAUUCUGAUUCAAUUGUUGACUGCGCGCACUCAUCUAACUCCGAUGCAACAAAAGUUAUCUGCACCCAGUGAAUCACUCGCACCUACCCUAUCCGACUGGAUCAAGACACUUCGUGUGAUCAUGGAUCAGAUGAAGUCGGCCUGGCGAGAUCUGAUCUCCAGUCCGGAGGCUGACGUUGAACUAACCGCCUUUCUACGUCGUUGGUCAAAUCAGUUGAGACCGAUGGAAGGCUCACGUUCUUUGGCCAAUUUUAGCUCCCUGGACAAUCAGUCGACCGAUUUUGAUGCCAAUGAGCUGGCCGAAUUCACCAGACACAUCCAGGUGUUCCAUAUUCUACUGGAAUCACUUCGAGAUGUGCUAGUCACUGUGGUCCAAAAACACAAAGGAGAAAAAUGGGCGCUUCCACCAUGGUUACCACGAGUACGCGAACAUGUGAACACCUUACUCUGCUGGCUUCCGAUCACGGUCGAGCUGCCAGACGGAGGAUCAGACUGCUCAGAUUGUUUACUCACUCGGGCGCAUGUGUUGAUGGACAUGUUGGAUUUGGAAGACGAGGGAGAGGUACGGGACUGCGCUCUACCGAUCGGUCGUGAUCCGACGUGCCAGCUCAACUCUCUAUCUAGUUGGUUGAGAUUGAACAUGAAUUCGAAACCGACGACAACCGAUGCCGAACAAAGUAUGGAACACAAACCAUAUCUGUGGGAUUGCACAUUGCAAAGGAUCGAAACGAUGCGAGCGCAGAUCGAUGCUGUCAGUCGGGCCUGGCAAAUAUUUCAUCAGCUGCAUCAGUUUGCUACGGAAAUGCUGGAACAGAGUGAACUGAUCGAAGCACGAAACCCCGUGCACAUUGAGGAACUUCGAGCAGCGUUAAACGCCCUCGAAAAUGACCUUAACUCCAUCGAUAUAAAUCCAUGCCUGGCUGGCACAUCGAUCGAUGUGAUGCGUCAAUUCUGGAUCAGGCAAGUACUCGUACUGUACAAGCUUCUACCCCCGUGUGAUUCGUGGUCAUCGAGUCAUUCGUCCGGACAGACUUCUGAUGCCACUCUGCUCUACCAGAAUAUGAAUCAGAUACUGGGCGAUGUGAACCGGAUUCAGCAUAGCAUUCUCACAGCACUGGCUCGUGGGCUGAACACCCAAGUCCCGGGUUGCACGCAACAAUCCGACUCGGACGCCAUAUUCACGCCCCGUAUCAGUUACGACUUGAAUUUGAAAUUGCCAACGGAAUCGGAUGUGGCACACAUGUACGCAAAACUGGCUCACCUAAGUCAUCUGUGUCAUGAGGCCGAUCGUCUUCUGACCGAAAGUGAUCCAAACGAUUCUGAGGUCCUAAAUUGCACAGUUGGUCUGAUCGCUCAACCAGUCGGUCUGUGCACAGACGAUCCAGCCGUGGUAUAUGCGCUCAAUCUGUUGAAACAGCUUCAAGCUGCGGUGCUGUGCUCACCGAAUGAAUUGCAACGGCGCGUGAAAAACUCCGUGGACGAGACGGACAAGAUGCGCGAACUGAUCGAAUCGUUAUCAGAACAUGUACAUGAAUCUCCCCUCACGGAGCAUCGUCUCUAUAUGGCCUUACCAAAUCUGACGGGGCGUCUCAUGGACGAACUAUCUAAGGCUGUGGACGAGUUGGAAGUACGCUCUACCCAAUGUCGUCUGGAAUCGCCUGUCCCUGUACAGUCCAAGGCAACAAUUGCUGAUCAUCUUAAGUCGGACUUGCGCUUGUCCGUGGUCGAACGGGGUACAGCGCUGCAGGCGGAUUACGAGCACAGCUUUGGCUACGCACAACUCCGUGCUGCUUGGACACGACUUGCGCAACUUGGUGACCGUUUGGGUCGCAUUCAAGCCGGCCAUACCGGAAGGGAUUCACGUGGCACAUAUUCCGAACCGCAUUCGGAACAAACGGAACAUGCUGAAGUGGUGCGACAGAAACGUCUCGGGUUGCGUGAUCUCCUCGGCUCGCAUGUCUGUGUGUAUCCCGAGUGCAAACAAGCUCAAACGGAAUGGAUGAAUUUCGUCAGUGAAAUAUCCAACGAACAGGUGACGCUUGUUGAGAAAAUCCGUACCGUCUUUGUCGAACUGGUCCACUUUUAUGCCCAACUGAAGAAAGAGUUAAUCGAAACGCGUGGCCCCAAUUCGAGACAGAGCGUAGAACAAGCGAUCCGAGAGGCGACGCAACACAAUUCUCACAGACGACCCACAACGAACUGGCAUCGUAACACGGAACUGAGCGCCAAAUAUCGAGAGUUAAUGACUCAUGUGAAUCGGCUUGCUGAAUGUGACCUGCCUCAAAUUAGGAAACUCCGGGAUAAGGCCAGGUCAUUAGAGGCGCUCUGGUAUGGACAAAAUUUAUCCACAGAUGAUCUGAGGGAUUCGGACGAUAAUCCAGUGGAAGAGCAUGUAUCUGGUUCACAGUUACACUCCACUGGGCAUCGACCUAGUCGACCACAAUCUCACGGUCAAAAUGGAAAGCGCAAUGAAUCUCCGGAGGUUAAUGGAUUAGAUGAUGGUGACAUCAAUGUUUACACCCCGGAAGAAACACCGGAUAAUGAUAUUUCCAGUUUUAUAGACAGUUCGGUCGAAUCCACACCACAACAUGCGAAUGCAGGAAAUUUGUCAAUGCUCCAUGGAAUUGCUCGAAAUCAUUUUGAAAAGCUAUUCGCAAAUGAGGCGGACGAAGCCGAUCAGGCUGAAUUAAAGCACCAAAUGCAAGAAUAUUCCAACUUAAAUAAUCCACGGACUCAGCCACGACCGGUGAACAGUGGAAGGCCUAUUGAUGCCAUUACUGCAAUGAAUGAAGCACGCAAAGCACAGACAGAAAAAUUAAAUCGUUCCAGGCAAAAACGAGAAAGUCGGAAACGGAAAGGAAAGGCUCAAGUUGUCACCACUAUUGAGAAAUCCGGUAUUGCGGAAGAAAAGCUCACCACGCGAGGUUCUUCGGCUCUCACGAAACCGCAUUCAUCUGAAACUGGUCAUGACCAACUUGCAAACGAGAACUCAUACAAAACGGCACCUGAAGUUGUAAAUUUGGAACAGAAUCCGGCAGAAUCUCCUAAAGUUGGUACAAAAAAUGGAGGUCCAAUUAUUUCGACAAGCCCGAAACAAAAGGUGAACUCUGAUUCACGAUGCGAUGCAUUGUUGCCAACCGAAACCGCGGAAGGGCUCAGUAACCAACAGACACCUAUCCAACCACUCAUUCCUUCACAGUUUUCAACACCUCCCUGCCAUAUAAACAACAUUCCAUUAGCUCAGUCAUCUCCGAAGGAGCCCAUAUGGGUUCAACCUAUUCGCAUUCACGAGGGCGGUGUACCAAUGAGUACCAGAGAACACGUACAGUUGGUUUGUCGCAUUAACGAUGCCAUGGAAACAUUGGAAGAACACGAUCCAAUUCAAUUUGGGAGCAUCAACCCCGAUCGUGCAGCAGCCGAACUCCAUUGUGCCCACGAGAAACAUCUAAUAACAUCGAGGACUGUGAUCUCGAAUCCGGGAGGUAGUUCGCCAACAAGGGAAAAACAACCCCCUAACCCCAGUCACAAUCCAUCAGAAUCUGUGAAGGAAUCUGUGAGUUCCGCACAGUGGAUCGAUGAAACCGCUGAUAAUGAUCCUAGUUGGAUUACCGUGCAAAGAAAACCAUCAAGAAACGCCAAGAAAAAGAAGAACGUAUCGAAAAAGGGCAAGAAAACCAAGGUAAAGAGUUCUGAAAGCCAGGAACAUGCCGAACAACAACGUCAAGAACAGCAAGAUCAACAGCAACAGCAGCAACAACAGGAACCGGAAGAUCAACCACAACUUCAACCGCAAUCCAGUCGUGAACAUAUUCCAUCCCAGCCAGCUGAAAUAAAACCUACUCUACUCAUCUGUGAACCAGGACCAGUUAAAACGAAUGAAACCGACCUUGUUCACCGUAAGCUUGAAACGAAGUCCGUUGAAGAAACAACAUUGGAGAAGUCCGUGAUGAACAAUGAUCAAUCGAUGGGUAAUGAUAAAUCAAGGGAAUCUGACUUCGAUCACAUGCCAAAUCGAACAACAGAAUACACAGAAGCACAGAAGGUUAAACUGACUGAUCCAAAUCAUGUUAGUGAUGCUCCCUGCACUAAUAAACUUGGGCCCAAACAAUCAAACCAGUCGAUCUCUCAGUCUCUUCCAUUGGAAGUUCCCGAACAUGAUCUACCAAAUCACCUUGAGCAUGAGAGUCGUUCAUUUUCUCCUGAUGACUUACAACAAGCUUCGCAUUCCAACGAUCAAUUAUUGAUGGAAACACCCAUUCAGGAUCUGCCAUUUUCAAAUCAAUUAGACACCAAACUGGAUUCACUUUCAUGUCCCGAGGAAAACGAGUUAUUGUCAAAUCCAUCUGAACAUAAGAAAGUACACACUGAGAUCCAGGACGGUGGUUUGUCACCCCCAGGUUCAAAGGAUGUUUCGAAAACUCUGGAAAGGCCCCAGGCUGUGAAUAGUCCUGAACCAUCAACUCAUCCAAACCUCGAAGAAACAACCAUUCUACCGGUAACGACUGAAGUGAAAGGAUUGAAAGUGAAUUCAUCUAUUACUUUAGAUUCUGACCAAAAUGAUCAAUACGAAAGAGUUACUGUUCGAGAGAAUCCAUUACCACCUAUUAGUUCUGACUGGAACUCAAACAAAACCGUAACCGAGCAAAAUAAUAAUGAUAUGCAUGGAGAAAAACUAGUAAUACGAGAACUAGGACCUCCAAAGUCAUUGCUACGUGUUAUCGUUGAACAAUGUCUCCCGUUGGGCUCAAUCUCAGACGCAGACGCGGGUUAUGUUCAGCCGACUGCGGAAACCGUUAUCGGCAAUAAAGAUCACGGUGAGGUUUGUACCUUGGUAAGACCUGCGGAACCGGAAACGGGGAGUUCCCGUGGAACAUGGACAAAAAAGCAAUCUAAAAAGAAAACAAGGGUUANAAGGGUUAAGCAAGCAACAAGAUCUGAGGAAGUGGGAAUAUCGGUGGACGUUCCGCAAAACGAACUGUCUGUGGACUCUCCGCCAAAUUUUCAUUCCUUAUCAGAUGCGGCAGAUGCUGUUCCAGCUAGUAAUCCUCAGGAGGUGAGGUCACAGUUUAAACCAUCCGAUUCAGAGACGGAACCCUUGGACAAUAAUCGGGAAAACAGAAUAACCGAGCCGUAUUCUACCCCGGAGAAUCACGAAGGGGCUAAUGACGGUGUUCACAAUAUGGAUCACAGUUUUCUUUUCGCAAACGUUGUGCAACCUCAAUCCGUACCAUCUUCUGAUUUGGCCAACAUGUCAAAUGCGUCUUUUAUCUUGGAGACUCAAGAUAAAUUUAUAUCUCAUACACAUCUUUCCAAAUCUGUGGAUGCAGAUAAUGUUUCCUCUGGAACAAAAGCUUUAGAUCAUCCGCAAAACGAUCCCGGUACACGACUCACGGAACAGUUGGCGAAACCUCAAGCGACCCAGCAAUCACCAGCAGAUGUGGAACGGGGGUCUUCUCCUGCGGAAGUUACCUCACAUGAGGAAUUCAGCUUUACAGCUCCGAACGCCAUCUCAGGAGAACAGGGCCCAGCCUUGGACAUGAGAGACAGGUUGACUGUUUACUCAUCAGAAGUAUCAGACAAUGGAAUUUUUAAUGAGGAAACCGUUGAAGGCUAUUCAGAUGAACUCAAUUCCGUCUAUCCAGUUCCCAUAGUAGGUGAUUUGGCCGACUUAGGAGAGUGUAGUUGCACAGACAAAUCAGAUCAUUCCCUAAGUUCAGAAUCUCCGCUCCCACCUGAUAUACCACAUUCAGUCGCACAACCUAUUCCCAGGGAUUCUGGUUCUCAGGAAACAGAAGAAGAGGAUGAAGAGAUGAGGAUUCCUACACUUUUCGAAGAACUAUCGAUUUCUCCAAACGAAAGAACUAUAGCCCAAGGUGACAACUAUUUUGAACUAACAGAUUUAGAUAAUCCCAGCCCGCUCAUUUCACAUCUCACCAUCUCCACUGAUCGGCGAGAUCGCAUUCGGUUGCAUCCGAUUUUAGAACAACCGUCUGAUCAGUCCACGUACGAAGACGAGUACAUCAAUGGAGUGAUAGACGAUUCCCCACCAAUUGAAACAACUAGACUGCCGGGUCAGAAUGUGUCUUCGGAGGAGGCAUCUCACAAUUCUUCCGGCACGACAAACGACAGAAGAAAAAUCGCGGACACAACCUCGACCAUUUCCUACAUCGGUAACCGUAAAAUACGAAAAGCUCGACGUCGACUUCAGCCUGAACAAAAAUCUAUCUCAGCCAACUCGUCAGGUACCAAAAGUGAAAAACCUGUGACCGAGUAUGCGUCGUUUGUCGAAAAUCCGACUUGGUUGGGGCCUGAUACAGAUUCAAGUAAAUCAUCGAGCGCAGAAAAAGAAGGUUCAUCCAGUCAAGUUUCGGAUGGAGGAUGCAUCAAAACUGUCCUAUCAGAUAGAUCAACAGCAAAUGGAGCCCAUCAAAAUAACGCCAUUGAAACCAUUGCAUAUCCGACACCUCCAUGUGUAAAAGAUCUGGCUGAGCUCAGAACAGUAAAUCAUCCAUUGUAUCCAGUCGCAAACGAGCCCACCUCUGAAAUUGUUAUUGCAUUUCUAAACAUGGAUGAAACAGAAACAUUAACAACCGUGACUGAUACUCCGAAGCAACGUAUAUCCUUAGCUGUUCACUCAGUAGUCAACAGUUUUAUGAUCGCUGCUUCUAGUGAACUACCGUCUAUCAAUGAACCAAAUGAGCUCACCGAGGUUGACUUAAACUCGGACGAAACACCACAACACAGUGUUGCCACAAAUGACCGAAGCAGACAUUCAGGUCCCAGACCCGGUCGAAAUGUAGAAAAAGCUGUUCGUUUUGUCAACGAGCAUCCGGAAGAAGCGAGAAACCUAACACCAACCAAUGACGUGUCGGAAACGCUUGGAAAACAUUUGGCUGCUGACACUUCAACGAAAGCUUCUUCUACCCCGACGGAAACGUCCGCGCAAACAAACACUUCCGACAUAAAUUCACAAUCAGCCACGAAAGAACUAAAUAUCCGGGAAGCCACCAAACAGCAAAUAAAACAAAUUUCUGAACCAACGGAUUCCCAGACGAAAUCCACAGAUCAGAAGGAAGGUGAAAGCCUAAGCGGAACAAAUUCGAACAUAGCAAACUCGAAUUCCAUGUUGGCCACCUCUUCCCUCCUACUUCCUUUACCCACUUCCGCUUCGGCUCUUUCAUCUACUCUGACUGUCCUGCCUUCUCCUCCUACUACUACUAACCAACCUAAAUCCAAAAAUGAAAGUCAAAGAAAACCAAUUCUUAAGAGACAGACAGAUUCACAUGGAACACCGCCCUCUACCAGGAGCUGUUCAACACAGACAGUAGCAAAAGACAGUCUGUCAGGAGCGGUUAUUUCCGUCAAGGUUCAGACGAUGGGGAAUAAAGGAAAAACUGACGACGAGGAGCAGCAAUCCCGUGGUUCGCCACCACCAGCACCACCAGCUGGUGAUCGCGAUACACGAACAACCCGUGCCGUUCGAUACAAUGAAAUUCACAGAGCAAUCCAAACCGAACCGUGCCAAAUUCGAGAUAGCCAGUGGACAGCUCUCUCUGGCGCUUACAGUUGUAGGCAAGAGAUGAAGGAAGAGGAGCGGUUUGAUUUCAUUACUGGCGGUGGGAAUCGACAGAUAUCGCAUCAAGAGCUCUAUCCCUUGAAGGUUGAUUAUAACUUGCUUCGUGAACUUUGGGUUCAAAAGCUGUCGAAGGCUGUCUGCAUAGUCCUGGCACUAGGCGUUGGCUAUCCCCUCAGCGUUGCGGCCGAAGUAACCGACAGCACUAUGGCUGUCUAUUCACAGGGCACUUUUUGCUGUUCUGCUAUAGCCGAUACAGUUGAUCAAUCCAGCGCCAUUGCCACUCAAGUUGCAGCUAUUUCAGAUCGCCUAAGCGAGCUAGCUGGCUAG